UGUAAUAGUUAGGAACAUGUGUCGGAAUCUCUGUGCCUGAUUAGCAGGGACAGGCUUGUACUGUCGACUUUCUGACCUCCAUUAUCUAAAGUCGAGCACUGUUAUGGGGAACCUGGUGAAAUUGUGUGUGUUUUCAGUUGUGGUGAUUGGGGUGUAUACAGCCUGUCCCCGAGGAUGGAUAGCUGUGGGAGAAGAUUGCCUGAUGUUUGCCAAGGGUCACACUUCCUGGCUUGAUGCUGCGAGAAGCUGCAAGCAUUACAAUCGCUCUGUCCUGGCGACAAUUGAUAGCUAUGAGAAAAUGUCAAUGAUAAACACCAUAGCAAAAGUACUGGCCAGUCCUAGUAUAGGUAUGUCUAAUUUCUGGGUGGGAGGGAACGACUUCGGCGUGGAGGGAGAGUGGCGCUGGGAACAGACUAACUUAGGGAUCGGGCCCUUCACAAACUGGGCCCCCGGAGAUCCUAAUGGAAACUCCUCCCAAAACUGCAUGCUGGUGGGAUUCACACAAAAUAGCACAGAGACGUACUGGAAAGACGCCCCCUGCACCGGUCAUCAUAACUACAUAUGUCAGAUCAGUCUCUUCGUUGGAGGUUCCAAUCCCAUCGGAUAAAAGAAAGUUACUUGCUAUUCAAUUGAAAUAAAAUAUUCUGACUGAG